AUGCUGGAGGAGCAGCACCAGCGGCACCUGCUGGGCCUCGGGCGCGCCCAGGCCCACGCUCUGGGUAACCAGGACCUGGCAUCGCAGCUGGAUGCCAUCAGGAGCAAGGUCAGCGCGUUCGACUCCGGGACCGUGGACGACCUGCGCGCGGAGGUGCUGAGGGAGCUCGAGUUCCUGUCCCAGGCGCCCGCCGCCACCGCCCCCGCCGCCGGAUUGCCCGGCGCCGGCGCUGGCCUCGUCGCCGCGCCGCUGGGCGACGAGGAGGGCCGUGUGGGCGCCGGUACUGGCGACGACGCGGCUGGUGCCCAGGGCGCGCCUGGCGGGUCGGCGCCGUGGGGCGGUGGCGCCCAGGCGGCUGGAAGCAACGUCGCCGCGUUCGCCUCUCAGCGUGGCCACGCCAGCGUGCCCACCCCGGGGCUCGCGGCGAUGCAGGCGUGCAGCGCCGCCCCCCGGUCCGCGGCGACCGUGCUCGGCGGCGCCGCCAGCGGCAGCGUGGAGCUCCCGCGGGGCGACGCGGCCGACCCGAGGAGCGACGCGCGCCUCAGCGCAUCGCUGAGGCCGGCACCCUUCCUCGGCUUCUCGGCCCUGCGCCAACGCUCGCUAGCCGAGCCCGUGGCGGGCCCGGCAUCGCAGCCCGCGCUGCUGCAGGCCUUCGGCGACCCGCCGUCGCUCAGCCGCCUGCAGUCCGCCGCGGGCCCCGCCGUUGCGGCGGCGCCCUCGCUGGCGGAGCCGGCCGUGCAGGCCGGCAGGGGCUCCUUGCAGCUGGCGGUGGCACGGCCCGGCGCCCCCGGGCGCGCGCUGGCGCCGCAGCACGGCAGCGUCGGCGCGUGCCCGGCGCCACUGGCGGCGUGGAUGUACGCUGGCGGCGCCUCGCGGCAGGGAUCCCCGCCGGCGGCCUGCCGCCCGCUGGCGGCCAGAGCCGCCAACAGGGUGAGCUCGGCACAAGAUCCGGCUCGCAGUGCGACCGCUGCCACGGCUAGGCGGCGUCUCGUGGAGAACCUCAGUGGCUGUGCGCCUCGUGGUGCGAUGAAGAGCAAGGAAGCCCUGAGCGAAGAACGACAGGCCAGGAUGCGCGUGGCCAGGCUGGAGCGCGCUCGACGGAGCAAGCGCCAGCGCUCUCGCAGCUUGUCCAAAGGGCCACGCAUCGCGUCCUCAAAAGUAGCAUCUGGGCCGGACCGGAGGCCGAGGGACUUGCGUUUAGUGGCCGCGUGCGCGUCCGGCCAUGUUGAGAGGAGGCUGGCGUUCUACCCCGCCCGCGAGAGGGCAGUUGGGAAUCCGAGCGGUCUUCCGCCGAUUGAUGGACUGCCCAGAUGCCGCCUCGCAGGCGGCAAUCAAGCGAACGGCCGGCAGAAGGGCGCCGGGCGCGGCCGCGCCCAGUUCCCAGUCGUCGCAGAAACCCCGAACGCCAAGAACGCCGACGAGGUCGCGCGCGUCUGCCACCUCGUCCGCCCGCGCGCCCUUCGGCACGGCGUGCUAGGCGAAGUCUACCAGGUGCUGCGGGGCAUCUGCUCCACCGAUUCUACAACGCCCGCGCACGGCCUGGACCCCAUGAAAGAACGACUUGCAGAGAUCGCCAACCAUUGCUUCCACCUGCCUGGCUGCGCUCUGGUCCUGCUCGGUUUGGGGUGCGCUUUCGCGGUCCGCGUCGUCGCGCAGCUCGCGCAGAUGGGCCGGCAAUCUCUCGGCGCCCGCCACCUGGACUGUGCUUCGGAGCAUGUCAUAAUCAGCUAUUACAUGUUCGGAGAUGAGGGGCCGAUUUCGGACAAGUUCAUGUCAAGCGUGCUCAUUCCGAGCAAGCGUGUGACUCGUUGA